GGGGAAGGCACCUAGGGAGCAUCUUCGGGCCACGGGGUUGCCCGCCAGGCACUUAAAUCGGCCAUUCGGGCAACGCCGUGGCUGAAAUCGUCCCAAAUUUUGUGUGGGAAAAGAAAAAUUUGGGGUGUCUCAUGCCCCUCCCCUUUAAUUCUCCUCGCAGGACCCCUCCUAAAAUCCCAAUCACCUCCUCAACCCCCAUGGACGACAACCAAGAAGACCCCCAAGACUCCCCAGCUGCCAAAGCUGCGGUGAGCACUGCACCCCGGCUUGUUUCGGGGGGGAGGAAGGAGGCUGAACCCCCUGAUUUUGGGGGACAGGAAGAGCGAGAGUCACAUUUGGCAGCUGAAAAAGUCGAGAGGAGGAAGAGGAAGGAGGCUCUCAUCCCACAGGAUGGCUCCAAGGAGGAGAAGGUGGUGGAGGAGACGAGCGGCAGUGAGAAAGAGGAGGAGGAAGCCUUCCUUGUCAGCCUCUACCAGUUCAUGAAGGACCGGCACACGCCCAUUGAGAGGAUCCCCCACCUUGGCUUCAAGCAGAUUAACCUCUGGAAGAUCUACAAAGCCGUGGAGAAGCUGGGAGCCUACGAGCUGGUGACGGGACGACGGCUCUGGAAGAACGUCUACGACGAGUUGGGGGGCAGCCCUGGCAGCACCAGCGCAGCCACGUGCACGCGGCGGCACUACGAGAGGCUGGUCCUCCCGUACGUGCGGCAUCUCAAGGGGGAGGAGGACAAACCCCUGCCCCCCAGCAAGCCCCGCAAGCAGUACAAGGUCUCCAAGUGCGCUGAGACGGGCGAGAAGAGCAAGAGGGCCAAGAAGAAGGGCCAGGAGCAGAUGCCUCCAGACAAGGUGAAGCCAGAGGUGGCGACCACCACAGAGGACACAAGGGACACCCUGGUGGCAGAUGGAUGUUCCAGCCCUGUGGUCCCAACCCCGAGCCCCUCAGGGGAGGGUCCUGGCCCCUGCAGGACCCACACCGAAACCUACACGCGCCUUUUCUCCAGCUUCUACUCCAAAGGCAACCACCCCAUCAUGUCUCCGCUGGCCAAGAAGAAGCUGCUGGCCCAGGUGAGCAAGGCAGAGUCCUUGCACAGCCUCAAAUGCCCCGAGGGCCAGCGCAUGCCGAGCGAUGCUGGCCCCAUUCCUGAGCUCCCGCGUUUGCCCACCGCCCCCUACCUCAAUGAGCAGAGGAGUUUGGAGCCAUCAGGAGCUCAGGAUUCAGCUCCAGGUGUCAGGAGCGAUGUGGGACCCAUCACCAUCGGCGUGAAAGAGGGGCAGCCCUGCCCGCAGGCCGAGGAUGGGGGUCUGGCCCCCACCGUCUUCACUGGCUCCUUCCACGCAUACCGCAGCGAGGCACUGCCGCCCGCCGGCUGCCACCCCCUCUGGGGGUACUUCUCCAGCUUGAAGGAGUUUUUGGAGCCACCUUCCACCUUCCCAUCGCCAACCGAGGAGCCGGAGCAGCCCCAAGACCUGCGGAGCAAAGCGGGACAGGGCUGGAGCAGGGAGAACCAUCCGGUGGGUGACUGCACCACCGUCAAAGCCUGCUGGGUGCCCCCCGGGGCCACCUUUGCCCCUGCUGCACCGAGGGGCAAGCGUGGCCAGGACGAGGAAUUGCCUUUGCGCCCUGCUGUGAAGCUCCGUGCCCUCUCCCCCUUUGGCAAGGAGGCCGACGGCAGGGACACGGGUACCAGCUCACCCGGGGGCCACCAUGGGCUGGCCAAACCCAAAGCGGUGGUCGCCAAACCAGGCUACACCACGUCGUUGCCGCAAACCAUGGACGUUUACAAGGGAGCGAUGCUGCACUUCCCGGCGAGCUUUGGGAGCCCACUGGAACACCUCAGAACCCAAGGUGUGCCAGCAGCGCCGGCUCUGUCCGUCAACCCCUUCAUCAUCCCAGCUUUCCCCAGCCCUUUGUUAGCCACCUCCAUGCAGCCUUCCGACCUGUGCCGGCCGCUGGCGACUGGCCCCAGGCACUACCCAGCAUCCUACAGGAGCUCACCGCGGCACGGGCUUUACCCGGCGGCGACAUGGCAAAGCCAACCUGCCUACGCGCCUGCCUUCCAUCGCCACACCAAGCUGUAACGCUGCCAUCCCGCUCCUGAUCGGUCUCGGAAAAGGGAGCCAGGUGGGAUGCUGUGGUGGCUGAGCCAGCAGCGAGGCACAUGCUGGAGCCCAUCACCACAUUGGAGCCUGCAAAGGGGACUGAGAGGAGACAAUGUGAACGGUGCCAUUUUUACUCUUGAUCUUAGAGCUGUUUGUAUUCAACAUCGUUAACGCCAGUGACUUAAUUACCAAUAUCACAAGGUUAUAGAGAUAGAGAUUAUAUAUAUAUAUAUAUAUAUAUAU